CAGAAGGGUGCAUUCACCUACCUGUCAGGUGUCUCUCUGACCAGUCUUAUCACACAAAGUAGUUUAAAGUAAAUAGUUUGAAAUCAAAUAAAAUAUUACAGUAAAAGACAAUGAGUUCCCUGCAACAUGUAAAUCCCAAGGUGAGGGGCAUCAGAGUCUCACCACACAGUGGACUGCAAAGUCUGGCUGCUCGCAUUACACAAGAGAUCGCACAGGGGGUCCAGAGACCCUUCAGAGAGGUGAUUGAUGUCAGCUCGGGUGAUCCACACAAAGCAGGAAUAAAACCCAUCUCAUUUGUUCGCCAGGUCUUGGCAGUAUGUCUGCACCCUCAGCUGCUGAAAGACAAAAAUCUUCCUCAGGAUGUCAGGCUGAGGGCUCAGAGGAUCCUGGAGGUCUGCGAUGGAGGAAGUGUGGGUUCCUAUACAGCCUCCACUGGCUUGAACCACGUCAAGCAAAGCAUCGCUGAGUUCAUCAUGAGACGAGACGCUGGAGCGCCUUCAUAUGCCAAAGAUAUUAUCAUUACUGCUGGUUCUCAAAGGGCCCUGAUGAUGGUCCUUAGGCUGCUGACCAGUGAGAGGGGGGCGACUCAGACAGGUGUGUUGGCCCCAACGCCAUGCCCACACACCCUGCCCAUGCUGCUGGAUGAGGCCGAGGUGACAAUGGUGCCGUAUCAGCUGAUGGAGGACAGAGGCUGGGCUGUAGACCUGGACGAGCUGCACAGAGCAGUGAAGACUGCUAGGAUGCACUGUGAACCCAGAGCAAUUUACAUCAGCAACCCAGGAAACCCCACUGGUCACAUGCAGGACUGGAAAUCAAUAGAGGAGGUGAUUCGGUUUGCAGCAACUGAGAGACUCCUACUGUUAGUUGAUGAGGUGUACCAGGACUGCGUGUAUGGACAGGAGAAAGAGUUUAUUUCCUAUAAGAGAGUCCUGUUUGAGAUGGGAAAAGAGUACUCAGAGACAGUAGAGUUGGUAUCCUUCCACUGUUUAUCCAGUGCCUGCAUGGGAGAGUGUGGUCUGAGGGCAGGAUACAUGGAGAUGGUCAACAUGGACCCAGAGGUGAGGCAUGUUGUUAACAUUAUGCUGGAUACUGAUAUCUGUGCUCCAGUCAUAGGACAACUUGCACUGGAUCUCAUGGUCAACCCCCCAAAGCAUGGAGACCCCUCCUAUGACACAUACAUGCAGGAGAUUGUCAUCACUCAGGCCACUCUGUCCCAGAAUGCUAAGCGGGCUCAGGAGUUCCUGAAUGAGCUACCAGGGAUGAGCUGUCAGCCAGUGAUGGGGGGAAUCUACCUCUAUCCCUGUCUGUAUUUACCAGCUGAGAUUAUAGAGCAGGCCGAGAUACUGGGGUUGGAGGCAGAUGUCCUGUACUGUCAGAUGUCACUGGAGGAAGAAGGUGUGUUAUUAGGAGCAGGAUGUCAGCAUGGUGAAACAACUGGCAACUACUAUCUGAGGUUUUGUAUCCUUGUCCCUCCUGACACCCUGCAGGAGGUCCUGGCUCAUCUCGGCUCCUUUCAGCUUCGCCUCAUGAACCCACUUCCUCACCCUAACAGAGGUGAUAAGGACAGAGACAUGGGGAGAAAUUUUGUGACCCAACAUGAAGCCCUCUGUGGAGAGGAGCAGAUCCUCAGUUAAAGUGUCGAUCAUAAGACGGAGACACGUAGGGAGCGUUAAAGGCUCAAAGCAUUUUUGUUCAAGGGGAAACUGAAAUUCUUAAACUACAGUUCCUUUUGACAUGCUGAUUUUUAACUAGGCUAGCAGGUGGGAGGAAAUAGUUGCCACCGUGGCAAGUUUUCUGUUUGAGUAAAUUAAAUUAAACUGAGAGAUUUAUUGUAUUCAGCCUGCAGAUCAUACUAUACUUUGCUUCUUUGCUUAUAGUUUCAUACACAAUAUUUCCCUCUGUGAAAGACUUAUCCCUGUUUAGAAAAAUAUUGCAAAAACAGUAUAUUCUUUGUCUAUAGAAUGCACAUAAAAUAAUAUUCUGUUAAUCUAAACAGACUCUUAUCUACAUCAACUACUGUACUUACUUGGUAGCAAAUGUACAAAGAUGGAUGUCGAAAUAACACAAUCACAUUGUCCUGACAAAGCUCAUGAAAAUCCAUCUAAACCUUAGAACAUGCAGGUGUAAACAAACUGGGCAACACAUUACCAUUCUGACCUCGUCACAUAUAGCUGCUUGGUCAUGGACUUUCUAAGUCGACAUAUGAUUUUGCAAGGUAGCCUGGGUGCGUCUGUUAAUAUUCUGCAUUGUCUUUUU